AUGACUCCACUUAUUAUAGCAUCAUUAAAAGGUCAUCUCGGAGUUGUUCAAUAUCUUAUCUCAGUUGGAUUGGAUAAAGAUGCAUCAGAUGAUAAUGAAACAUGCUUCGAUCAUGAGAAUAGUAAAAUAAGAAGUUACCUUUCUUCAAAAUGA